AUGUAUUCUCUCAUAUCAUUCCUUUCAGUCUGCUUCCCUACAGCGGAGGUAUAUAUCGAUCCGUGGGUGAGCCUCGUUGAAGGUCUCGCCUUCUGUUCGUUCUUCCUGCUCCUUUGCGACUACGUCUGCCCCAACAUCAAUCAACGCGAACUCUUUUUUGCGACGAAGAAGACAAGUGGAGUAAAAUGGUUCAGGAUUCACUGGCUCAUGGUCUUCCAAAUGCCGAUCGUUGCACUUAUUGUGUCAAUCACAACUGAUAUCACUGCGGCUGUCGGGAUCUAUUGUCGAUGGAGCUUCAUGCCUCAUUUUGCCAAGUUUUGGCUACGCUUGAUUCAGAUAAUCUCCUUGGUCACCGCCGUACUGUCUAUUCUACAGUUUUACCACUUGCUGAAAACAGACCUUACACAGCGCCGACCUCUUCUGAAAUUAAUAGCCUUUAAGAUCAUCGUAUUCUUAAAUUUUGUACAAGGAAUACUAUUCUGGGUCCUUACGGAUAUUGGGGUACUGAAAGAGACAGACACGUUGACCUUUGCAGAUCUCCAUAUCGGGAUUCCUAAUUUACUUAUCUGCAUUGAGAUGGCUCCUCUGUCGCUAUUCUUUUCAUGGGUAUAUUCCUGGCGCGUUUAUGUCAAGAAUAGUCACGGAAGCUAUGUAACUAUGGACCGACCUGGCCAGCGCCCGAGGCUAUACCAGGGAGGUCCACUUGGUGUUCAUGCCUGGCUUACCAUGAUUAAACCCUCCGGCAUUAUUGAAUCUAUCUUGGUUGUGUCUGGACGGAGUGGUCCACCAACGGAUUCUCUCGGUCAGGAUGACAGAGUUGAUAACCAGCCCCUCAAUCCCAAUAGAUCAUUCCAAGUUAAAUGCUAUCAAGACGAAUGCUCGUAUAUAAGCAGCAAGAUUCAGAAUCUACAAGUAUGUAAAAUAUAUUAA